AUGUUUGAUGAUAAUAAAUACCAAAACAGAUCAACUUUAUCAACAUCAUGUGUCAUCCCAGAAGAACGUCGUGCUUCCAUCAUCGAUGCAAGUAUUGGUGAUCCAUACGCACGUGUAUCACAACAACAUUACGAUGAUGAUCUUCCUGCAAGUGGAAUCGAAUCACGUACACCAGGUUCACCAUUAAACAGUGGUAUCGUUGGACAAAAUAUUCCACAUUGCCAUCAACGAUCCGCUGAAACAUCUGCAUCAUCAGAAUCAGUGGAUAUGCUACUAAAAGCCGUUAGAACUUUAUCUUCUGAUGAUUAA